AUCUCUGCAUUUUCUGAGAAGAAUGUUUUGGGUACUCUCAAUUUCCAUUUUCAUGAGUGAGAGAGGGGGGUUAAACCACGUGAAUUGAAGUUGUUAAAAAAUGAGAAAGACAUUGCAUAACUUGUUUGUAUGAUGGGAAUUAGUUUGAUAGAUGAAAUGGACUGCACUGUUUCAACUCAUUACCUAAACUCACUUCUAAUCAAAUUUGACACCUCAUGAUAAUCAAGACCACCAGCUCUUUGAAAUCUGAAGGAAAGCAAAAUCAAUUUAAGCAUCUUUCCUCGUAGUUUCUUUCCCUAAACUGAUGUCAGCCAUAUUAAUGGCUUCAACUUUUACUUUUCUUCUCUUCGUUUUUAUAAUAAAUCGUUUUGAACCCCUACCUGUUGCAGCCAAAGUUUUCAUGAUUCUAAUGGACGAGGAACCCGUUCUCACCUUCAAAUCCAAGCAAGAAAAUUACAGGAUUAAGGAUGCUAUGGCAUACAAAGAGAGAUUGAGUACUGGCCAUGACUUGUUUUUGAAAUCUAUCCUCAAGAAAGGCACCUAUACGAAACUCUACAGCUACACUCAUUUGCUCAGUGGGAUUGCAGUGCACGUUGAGUCAGACGAGGUUUCCAGCACUCUGAAGAAUGCAACAGGAGUCAGAGUCAUCCAAGAAGAUAUCAAAAUGGAGAAGCUUACGACACAUACACCUGACUUUCUCGGGAUUCCUGCUGAUGUGUGGCCAAUUUUGGGAGGUGCACAGAGUUCUGGUGAGGGCGUAGUGAUAGGUCUUAUUGACACUGGAAUAAAUCCUAACCAUCCUAGUUUCACAAAUAAUUGGUCCUUAGGAUCUUUAAAUAGCAGCAAAUUCAGAGGAAAAUGUGCCACUGGAAUGAACUUCCCCCGAACAGCAUGUGGUGGAAAGAUAGUAGGGGCACAAUAUUUUGCUCGUGCAGCAAUUGCUGCUGCUGAUUUUAAUGCUACACGUGAUUUUGCGUCCCCCUUUGAUGCUGAUGGUCACGGAAGCCACACAGCAUCUACAGCUGCAGGAAACCAUGAAAUACCAGUGAUUGCCAAUGGCUACAACUAUGGAUAUGCAAGUGGCAUGGCUCCUGGAGCAAGGAUUGCAAUGUACAAAGCUCUAUACACAUUUGGAGGUUAUAUGUCAGAUGUUGUUGCUGCUGUUGAUCAGGCAGUGGAGGAUGGAGUAGAUAUACUAAGCCUCUCCAUAGGGCCAUCAGGUGUCCCUCCUGGUCCAUCUGCCUUCCUCAAUGUGCUAGAAACAGAGCUCUUAUUUGCUACAAAAGCUGGCAUUUUUGUUGUUCAAGCAGCUGGCAAUGGAGGCCCUUCUUCAAGUUCAAUCCUUUCUUUUAGCCCCUGGAUCACCAGUGUUGCUGCAUCCAUCACUGAUCGCAAAUACAAGAAUACAAUAAUCCUAGGCAAUGGACAAAGCUUCUCUGGCACUGGUCUUGCCCCUCCAACUGCAGGAGAAGUGCCGUUCCCAAUAGCUGCAGCAGCUGAUGUUUCUCAUGAGAACAUCACCAAUGUGGUAGAAGUUGAGAGCUGUCAAUAUCCAGAACAUUUCAUCAGAUCUUUGGUCCGGGAAAAGCUAAUCAUUUGCACAUCUACUUUUGAAUAUGAAGAUGCCAGCAUUGCAACUGUUGAAGACACAAUAAGACAGAUUGGGGCUGCGGGUUUUAUAAUAACAAUGGACCCUGACAUAGUCUCUGAGCAGGUCAAAGGCACCACAAUGACCAUGCAACUACCAGCCAUUAUCCUGAACAACAUGCAAGCUUCCUCGGCUUUAUGGGAGUAUUAUAAUUCUAAUACAAUCAGGAGCAGGAGUGGACGUGCUGCAGUUUUUGAUGCAAGAGCAAGAAUACUGGAUGGAAGGCAGGCAGUUUUCAGUGGGCAGGCACCAAUAGUAGCAUCCUAUUCAUCCAGAGGUCCUGAUGUCAACAAUGCACUUCUACAAACUGCUGAUGUCCUCAAACCAAAUAUCAUGGCGCCAGGAUCCUCUAUUUGGGCUGCAUGGAGCCCUAAUAGUGAGGGAGAUCCUUAUAUUAAAGGGCAAGACUUUGCACUUGUGUCUGGAACUAGCAUGGCUACUCCACACAUCGCAGGAGUGGCAGCUUUGAUCAAGCAGAAACAUCCGAAGUGGAGUCCGGCAGCUAUCACGUCAGCAAUGAUGACAACUGCUGAUAGAACUAAUCACUUUGGCUCUCGAAUUUUAGCACAAUCAACUAACCAGCUGGUUCCUGCUACCCCAUUUGACAUGGGCGCUGGAUCCAUUAACCCAGCUCAAGCCAUUGAUCCAGGGCUUAUAUUUGAUGCCAAUUUCAGUCACUAUGUUGAUUUUCUUUGUGCUGUUCCCGGUGUUGAUCAUGAAUUUGUAAAACAAUCAGUAGGAAUCAGGUGCCCAAUGAGGAGAAGGGCAUGGUGUUCAGAUUUGAACACAGCAAGCGUGACAAUUUCAAAUCUAGUUGGUUCAAGAAAGGUGAUUCGAUGUGUAACAAAUGUGGCUCGAAAGAAUGAAUUCUACAGAGUGACUGUGAGGGAACCAGUUGGUGUAAAUGUUACUGUUUCGCCAAACUUUUUCUGGAUUAGAGGUAAUGCUUCAAGGCAUCUUAGAAUUUGGUUAAGAACUAUCAAGGCAAAGGGAGCUCACAGAUUCGGAGAGAUAACAUUGCAUGGAAGUCGAAACCAUAUUGUUAGAGUUCCUGUAGUUGUUUAUGCUAGGAGUAGGUGAUAGCACAGCAAGAAGGUAGAAAUCAUGUUGUUUAUUUUAGCAGCAGCUCAUUGCAGGCAUUGUAUUUACAAACAUUUCAAAGAUCUGAGACACAUUGUCUUGAAUUAAAGUUUUCUAAUGCUAUAGAUUCUCUGGUCCCUCUCUCUAUAUAUGAAUAUGCAAUUGGUUUCGUUACAGCUA